AUGAGCUCCAGUACGGCUAGGGAAAUAACCCCCAAAACUAUCCCAUCCAGAGCGGUGAUUAAGCCCCAGGAGCGGGGAAACGCUUUCCGCAUCGAUGGAGAGGAAGAAUAAAAAAUAUAAGUCAGAUAAAUUCCCAUCUAGCGCUGACAUAGGCGAACUACUCCGAAGGCGGCAUGAGGCCUGCCAUGGCGCCCCUCUCUGACCUAUCCUACUUAUACAGCACAGCCUCCCUUGCUGAUGUGGGAGAGCUGGAUAUGCAGACAGAGAGACGGAAGGCUGACUUACCUGCACAGCGUAAGGGGGACCCACCGGUAAUGGAAAGUAUAAAGACCCUCCUCAACGACCUACGCCGCAACAUAGAGGUGGAUAUUCCUUCAAGGAAGAACCAAGAGGAGUAUCGGUGCGCUUACAUGACACCAAGGUAA